CGAUGGGCCGGGCAUUUCCGGCGGUUGGUCCGGGGGCCCGGCGAUGGCGGGCAAGAGGUCGGGCAAGGACAAGAAGCGGAAGCGGAGUCACGGUGAAGAGAGUCACGGCGAGAGGAAACGCCUCAACUCGGACUCGAGCGCCGUCGAGGCAGGAAAAAUUGCCUCAGAAAAAGAAACAACCAAUGAGCCUAGUGACUUGGAAGAAGGGGGACUCGACCUCAGUAUUGCCUUGAAACCAAUCAGUUCAUAUAUCUCUGACAGAAAAGAAAUGCUUGAACAGUGCUUCAGAGUUAUAGGGGAAAAGAAACUCCAGAAGAUGCUCCCAGAUAUUUUGAAGCAGAGCUGCUCUGUAGAAGAAAUUAAGUCACUAUGCUUGGAGCAACUGACACUUUUAUCCGAUAAGAAACUUCUGCAAAUUAUUGAGGGUGAUGACCUAGGAUCAUCUGAUACUGAGGAGGAAGCAGUAGAGAAUGAUAGGUACAAGAAGAAGUUGGAAACAGAAAGCCAACAAGACAAUAAUGUAGACUCCACAUCUUCCUAUAAAGAAUACAAUGAACAAGAAGCACCUGGAUUGACGCAUGCAGGUGGAGCUUCUGGAGAUGAAAGUGAUGCCCUUAGCAUAAAUGCUGAAGCAUAUGAUAGUGACAUAGAGCAAAACUGCAAUGAACAAGAAGACAGUACAGAUGUGGUACUCCAGAGAUGCGCACCAACACAUGUUGGUGUUGAAGAUGAGAUUCAAAAGGACAUUGAGAAGAGUGUAAAUGAGAUUCUAGGUUUGUCAGGCUCUACCACAGGGAGAGAUCAAUCAGCUGCUACCCCCAGUGCUGAUGGAGAUGGUCUUCAACCUUCAGCACAGCAACUGGAGCUGCUUGAGUUGGAAAUGCGAGCCAGGGCAAUCAAGGCUCUCAUGAGAGCCGGAGAUAUCAAAACACAGACUUAACCGCUGUAACAAACUUAGUUGUGAAACUUGAGAAGUUACAAACUGUCAUAAGCUAACACUACAGGCCAGAUAGAAGACCUGAAAACUCUGCUUUCUUCCCACACUUGCCUUUGUUCUUCUUUCUCUCAAAUUCCAAAUGUACUUCUGUGCUGGAAAUAUUUUUUGACAUUGUCUCUAAAAUCUCCUAUUGAACUCCCUUUGCUAUUGAUAUUUGUCAUUGGAAAUACCUAGUAAAAGCAUUGUGCUAUGAAAGCAGGUAAGAUAUUUAAAUGUGUAAUCAGUACUCAUGAAAAUAGUACAUAAUAAGUAAUUGUACUCUGGAUGGCCUGACAGUGAAAUGGUAAGUGUCCACCUCAUUCAGUCCACUGUUUACAUAUAGUACUGGUUUGGAUGUGGCACGUUUGUUACACGCUACUGACAGAAAACAUGCUCAUUUUGUCCUCUGAGCAGUUUCACCAGUUAACUGGGGAGUCCACACUUUGAAGAGAAAUGUUGAGUGGUGGAGAGAAUUUCAUCUCUAUGUAUUUUAUACCUUAUAAUGCUGAGCACUAUUACAAAAUUCAAUGAUUUUGAAUGACAUUAUUUGUUUGUACAAAUCUGAGCUAUGGUUGUAGUGAUAGGCUGUCAAACAUGAGAGGUUUUUUUUCCCCAGAAGAUAAAUUCAAAUUGGGCUGCCACUGUAGUUUAAAAAAAAUCUAAAUUGCACAUAUUUGAAUAGGGUUAUCACUGAAGAAAUCAGUCACAUCCCUUGAACAAGGAAUUGUUCUGAAUGCAAAAUAUCUGGUUUAUUAUGUACACAAAGAAAUUUUUGUAUGACAGACAUUUUUAUUACUGUUAAAACUUGAGAACGUUAACUAAACUUAAUAAGUUCAAGACCAUGUUUCAAUUACCUGUUUAGGUUAACUUUGAAGUGUGAAGUCAUUGCAUGCAGACUUUGCUUGUUGUCGAGUAUGAGAAAACCAUUUAUUGAAUGACAAUUUGAAAAGAACAUCCGUUUUAAUUAGAAUAAAAGGAAACCAUUAUAGUUUUGUUGAAAACUGUUUUCAAAAUGAGCUCUUGAAAACAAAAUUGCAAGGAGUUCAUCAAAUUGGUUAAACCAAAAGCAUGUUAUUUGUAUGCAAUAACACAAGAUUGCAAUAUUUUUAUGUCCUAUCUUGCAGUCAGUCGGUUGUUUGUAUUACCUGUUUUGUAAAAUUUAAAUGUUUUCUGGAUUAUUCAUUGAAAACAAGUUAAUUGUUUUUAAUUUUUGGGUGAACAGACAGUUUGCUACUUUGCAGGCUACAUCUGCUGAAAUGUGUUCCUUUGAGGAGACUGAAUCAGAAUUUUCUCUGAAAGUAACAAGUAUAUGGAAAUUGGACGGAAGGAUUAUGCCAUGUACUACUAAAUAUUUGAGAAUACUUCUGGAAAGCAGAAUGGCAUGUUCUACUGUAAAACUAUGAGAUCGAUGGCUCACUUGUCUGGAUUUAAAUGCAAUUAAACCCCAAUGUGGUAUAGAAA